CAAAUGCUGCUUCACCAUGUUUGCUUUGGACUCUGCACUCCACUAUUUGACCUGAGUCAGUCAAUCUCAGAGCCCUGCAGGGUUUGUAUUCCAUAAAACAUGGCUUCCUCUGGGAAUACAGAAGGCACUGUGACACCUGUGGAUUUUAUCCAGCUGCAGGAGUACAUGCAAUACAGCACUUUGAGGGUGAAAGAUAUGAUCAAGGAAUUUCAAAGCGGGGGUCGGCUAGCCCAACACAGCUCUCGAGAGUAUGUGGAUAAGGAAGGGUUCAGCCUCUUCCUUAAGACCUACCUAGAGGUGGACGACCUUCCUGCAGAUUUCUGCCAACACCUUUUCCUUUACUUCCAAAGUUUCGAGCAGGACAGCUCCACUGAGAAUGCCCAACCCAAAGGUGGGGUGCUUCUGAGUGAUGUGUCCUGUUACCUGUCAGUGCUGGAAGAAGGGCAGCCACGGGAGAAGUUGGAAUUUACAUUCAAACUUUAUGACAAAGAUAGUAACGGACACCUGGAUAGCUCUGAGGUGGAUCGGAUCAUCACGCAGAUGAUGCGGGCUGCAGAUUACCUUGGCUGGGACAUAGCUGAGCUCAAAACUGUGCUCAAGGACAUGAUGACAGCAAUUGAUGUGGAUGACAGUGGUACUGUCACACUGGAGGAAUGGCUGAAAGGAGGCAUGAACAAUGUGCCUUUGCUUGUUCUGCUUGGAUUGAAGGUGCCGGAUAGGGAUGGGCAGCAUAAUUGGAGGAUGAAGAAUUUUAACAAACCGGCCUACUGCUGCGUAUGUCAGAGCAUGCUGCUCGGCCUCAGGAAACAGGGACUCCGCUGUACUUGUUGCAGUUAUACUGCCCAUAGUCGGUGUUCCAACAAGAACGUUGAGCCCUGUGCACCCAUGUUUGUCAAAUCCAAACAAGAACUGAGGGUGCCGUCUCACGACUGGGUCAGGUCUGACCGCAGCUCCAAGUGUCAAGUUUGCCAAAAGAAGAUAAAAACUUUAGCUGGAAGGCUUUGCGUGUGGUGCCACCAGAUGCGGCACGACGAGUGCAUCUACACUGGAAUAUCCACCUGUGACUGUGGUUUACUGAAAGAUCAUAUUCUCCCUCCAUGGGCCAUACAUGCUAACGCCAAGGAACAGGACGCCAACCUGAUGAACAUGACUCCCGAUGGCAACAUUUUACAGAUUGUCCCGAUUCCUGACAUUCACCCGCUGCUUGUAUUUGUAAACCCAAAAAGUGGAGGAAACCAGGGUGAACGAGUUCUCUGUAAGUUUCAGUACCUACUGAACCCACGUCAAGUGUACAACCUUUCCAAUGGAGGUCCCGCGCCAGGGCUACAUUUCUUCCGCAAUCUUCGUGACUACAGGAUUUUAGCGUGCGGAGGCGACGGUACAGCUGGGUGGAUCCUGGAUGCCAUCGAUAAAGCUGGCCUCCAGGUGAAUCCUCAAGUAGCGAUCCUCCCCUUGGGGACCGGCAAUGACCUGGCUCGCUGUCUGCGCUGGGGAGGAGGCUACGACGGGUCUGACCUGAAAGAGAUCCUGAAGGACAUUGAGGCAAGUGAGCUGAUCCAAAUGGACCGCUGGAGGAUACAGGUGACACCAAAUGAUCCUAAACAAGUGAGAGACCCCGUCCCCUAUCACAUCAUCAACAACUACUUCUCAGUCGGAUCGGAUGCGUCAGUUGCUCAUCAGUUCCACUCUAUGAGAGAGAAAUUCCCUCAGAGGUUCAACAGCAGAAUGAAAAACAAGCUUUGGUAUUUGGAGUUUGCUACAUCUGAGACCAUCAGCUCCACUUGCAAGAACCUUACAGACUGUCUCGCCAUUGAGUGCUGUGGGAAACGUCUGGACCUGAGCACCACGUCUCUCGCGUGCAUCGCUGUCCUCAACAUACCCAGCAUGUAUGGUGGCUCCAAUCUGUGGGGCGAGUCCAGUAAGGCUGACGCUCCACCACGGGUGCAGCCCGAUGAAGUCAUCACUGAUCCAGAAAUUCUUAAAACAACACCACAAGGUAUACAGAGUUAUUUUUUAUCUCUUCUUGCUACGAUAAUGUUGUUGCAAGAGCCUUUUCAUUAUGAUAUGUUUGCAGACAUGACUGAUAAGCGUCUGGAGGUUGUGGGCUUGGAAGGGAUGAUAGAAAUGGGUCAGAUCUACACUGGACUGAAGAGCGCCGGGCACAGAUUGGCACAGGCUUCCCAAAUUACUAUCAGGACGUUCAAAGACCUGCCCAUGCAGAUUGAUGGCGAGCCUUGGAUGCAACCUCCUUGUACGAUCCACAUAACUCACAAGAACCAAGCAAACAUGUUGAUGGCGCCACCAGCAAAGCCGUCCGGCUUCUUCCACCUCAAGUAGAACAGCCUUUUUCCAAAGAGGGAUUCCCAAUAGGAGUAUUCCAUAAAUCAUGGAGACAUUUUUGACUGGUACAUUCUUUUAAAUGUCAUUAUUUGUGUGUUGUGUUUCACAGAAUUCCUACAGAUUUCUUAUGAGUUACAAAUAAUUGUUGCUAAUGUGCCAGUUUGUGCCACACAUUUUGGCACUUAAAUUAAUACACGAGCAGGUGUUAGCUUCUUAAUGACGUGCUUACCUGCACUUAAUGUAUUGUAUAAAUAUAUUUAUUUAUGUGUUUUCAAUCGACAGACCAAGGAGAACACAUAAAAUGAACUGAAUGCAAUGUGUUUGAGGUUUAUCGGGCUGUGUUUUCCAUACAAUGUAACGUUAACAGGCUCAGUGUCCUCGUCUCUUAUACAACAACAAAAGCUAAUAGAACCUUGUGACCUAAUAUAAGGGUGAGUGGAUUUCUUUGGGGGUGGGGUCUUUUAUUGCUGUUACAUUAUUCAUGGUUGAUGGCAGGUUUCCGUUGAUAUUAAAUAC